GCAAGAUGGCAGCCUACGUGAACAGCAACAUGAAGUUAUUCUUGUUAUUUAUUUAUUGUGUGUGUUCGGCUGAAGAAUUUAAUGCCCAAGAUUACUUACGUAGGGAACAUACACUGACAAAGCCGUACCAAGGUUCUGGUAUGUCGGUUCCCCUGUGGGAUUUUGUUGGUAAUACACUAGUUACUAAUUCACAUAUUCGACUAACAUCAGAUCAUCAGAGUAUUAGAGGAGCCAUUUGGAAUAAUGUGCCAUGUUAUGUAAGAAAUUGGGAACUCCAUGUUAAUUUUAAAGUUCAUGGUUCUGGUAAAACUUUGUUUGGUGAUGGUUUCGCUAUAUGGUAUAUUAACCAAAGAAUGAAAAUGGGUGAUGUUUUUGGAAAUGCUGAUAAAUUUGUUGGAUUAGCUAUAUUUUUGGAUACCUAUAGUAAUCAUAAUGGACCCCACAAUCAUCAACAUCCCUAUGUAUCAGCCAUGGUAAAUAAUGGCUCACUAACGUACGACCAUGAUGACGAUGGUACACACACUCAAUUAGCUGGUUGUGAAGCUCAAUUUAGAAAUAAAAAUUACGAUACACAUAUCGCUAUAAGAUAUGCUCAAAAUGAAUUAAAGGUAUCGUUAGAUAUAGAUAAUAAAAAUGAAUGGAAGGAAUGUUUUACAGUACGAGAUGUUCUAUUACCUGUUGGAUAUUAUUUUGGUAUUUCCGCUGCAACUGGUGAUUUAGCAGAUAAUCAUGAUAUAAUAUCAGUAAAAUUUUAUGAAUUAGACAGUGAUGAAGAUAAAGACAGUGAACCAUAUACAGGUUAUCCAGCAGCCAAAAAUAUGGAAUCUCCCAGAGAUCGUGUUGAUGAAAAUAAAGGAUCCUAUAUAGCUGGAAAUUUAACGGGCUGGAAAUUAUUUAUUGUCAUAAUUUUAAUUAUUAUUGGCCUGUGUGUCUGUGGUGUUGUUGGUUUUGUAGUUUUUCAAAAAAGACAAGAAAAUUCAAGAAAACGUUUUUACUAAAAAAAAAAAUGAUUUUUUAUAUUAUUAAGAUAAUUACUUACAGUUAAAUAAGUUUUGUUAUGAAAAAAAGAAAAACAUUUUGAGGUGAAAAAAAAAUUAAAAAGAAAAACAGAAAAAUAAUUUUGAUUUGUCUGAUUAAUUAAAUUAAGCAACAUCUUUUUUUUGAAUAAUUGAUUAUUAAACCUAACUAGGCAUGAUAAGAGAUAAGAAAUAAUAAAAAGACACUUACAUUGUGAUAGUCAGGAAUCAAAGAGUUACGGAAUAGGUUAGUGAUGUGAUUUAGAUUCUUGAAUGUCUCCAUGAUGUAAAACAGUCCUUUUUAUUGGCCUGCUUUGUAGAGACAAGAAGAGGAUUAAAACCCCAUUUUAUUUACGAAGCACUGCAUGUGUAGUGUGGCAUGGUAGUCAAGCGGCCAUAGGACUGGUAUCCUAGGCUCCCCAGUGUGUGAGCCAAGAAGAACUGUUGACAUCUAGGAAGAUAUAAUUAGUUUAAAAUGAGUUAACAAAAAAAAGCAGAAAGGAAUAAAAACUAACCAGCUAUCAAUCAGAUAAUAUUAUAAUUUCUUUCAUCAGCAUUUUAGUAGUUAAACAUAUGAACACAAGGCACAAUUUUAUCAUUACAUUACUAAGAGAGAGAGAUGGGGCUUAACUUCCACUGAGACUAACAUAUGGUUUUUAAUUUUAUUUUAAUAAUUUACUUACACGUAGGGGUCUUUAGCAGUGGGAGGAAACGGGAGGACCCAGAGAAAACCCACAAGGUUGGACAGGCAACCCUACUCCUUGUCACAUACAACCGGAGAAUGGAAACCAAGCUAGUUGACUCGAUGACAGGCCUUAUGAUACACACACACCCCCCAUUUGAAUAGUAGACAAAUACAGAAUAUGCAGCAACAAUAACAAUGAAAUACAGUUGAAAUUUAACAACUUUGAUUUUUAUCCCUAAGAGGCAUUUAGCAAUUGAUUUAUGAUAUAUUACUAGAGUGCUAAGAUUGGAUACUAUCACUUGAACCAUGUGUUAGUCCCGAAAUGAGUGGACGUUAAUAUAGCAGUAUUGAUUAUUGGCCAAUUAUUGAUUAUUGAACAGCGGACGAUGGUCUGGUUUUGGGGAAGCCGCGGUGGCCCAGUAAGGCUCUCGCCCACUAACCAGGAGGUUCUAGAUUCGAUCCUGGUGUUGGUCGAGAACGCCUAGCCGACCAUAUGGUAGUCCCGAAAUGACUCUCUCUCUCUCUCUCUCUCUCUCUCUCUUUCUCUCAUUUGCUUUUUAAAGACAGGAGUAUCCUGGUCGAAAUGUUACAUAUUAAUAAAUUGUGUAAUUAUAUAGCCAUAAAAUUGUGCCCUGUAGAUAAUAUUAUACAUGUAGUUAGUUUAGUACCUAUAUAUAUAUAAUAUUAUGUUGACGUUAGUACCUAUAUAUAGUUAAGGUGAUAGUGUCAAGAUCAAAGUUGGAUUAAAUAAAACCCUGUGAUUUUUUAUAAUAUAAAAUCAACUUUAAUAAUAUAUAGCGAUUUGUAAACAUUCCCCAAGUGUCCUUAUUCAAUGAUGUUACAAAGUAGCAUGUACAAUUCUAUUUUUUGCAUGUCCUGCGUAUCAAAUGUCCAAUUUAGUUGCCAUACAAAUAAGUAUUACUAGCGGAUGAAUCAGCGCUGCACGGGUUGAAAGUAGUAUAACGCUAAAACCGAAAGCAGUAGUCUAACACCACCAGGAUUAUGUUACUUGCCAGUUGGAGCUACCCCUAUACACUAAAUUUCAGCCUCGGAACAGCCUUGGUGUCAAUCUGUUUCAUAGAGUAUUACAAAAGACUUCUAAUAUCUCUGUAAAAGAUGACUGCCUUCAACACAUGACAUCAUAUCACGCGCCGUCAAUCAUUGGCUCAAUGGCGCGUGCAUUGUUUACAUAAGACGUUACUGAUUUAAGUAGAAUGGCGCCUUUUACUCAAUUUGAUACCAAUUUACAUUAAAAUAGGAAAUAAUUUUUACCUACAAAUACUCCAAACAUCUUUAUUUACUUUUAUAACACAUAAAAAAUGUUUUAGGAUUUAAUUUGUCACCCUUAUCAGUGAUUGUCGUGGCCUAGCGAAUAUUCACUGCUGAUCUGGGGCCUGUUUCACGAAAUUUUAACUAAGAUAAAAUCCAAAUUUUAGUAAUUUGAUUGGAUAAUAUUAGACUGAUUUUAGUGCUUAGCCAAUCAAAAUUGAAGUUUCUACUAAAAUUUGGAUUUUAUCUUUAGUUAAGAUUUUGUGAAACAGGGCCCAGUGUGCCUUAGUGUAGCCACCAAACCUGAACAGACAAACAAACGACAGUCACAGAUAUUAGUUUAGAUUAUUACAAUAAAGAUGAUCCUAUAAAUCACCAGAUUAUUGCCUCUGUAACAAAAUCAUUCGCAUUUAAAUUUUUUACUAGGUUGUCCGGGGAUGUACCAGUAUAAAAUAUAAAUAUAUCGUCUUUCUGUAGAUCGGGAUAAUCAAUAUUUACAUGUAUCAAGUGCUAAAGCGCUACUGUUUCUCUCCUUAAUAAAAUUCCGGUUUCCUCCCACUGCUAAAGACCCCUAUGCUCAAGCGAAUUAUUGAAAUAAAAUUAAACCAUAUGUUAGUCCCAAAAUGACCUAGUUUGUGUCGAGUGGACGUUAAACACCAUUUCUCUCUCUCUCUCUCCCUUAAUAAAAUCAAAGUGUCCAACUAUAUAGUUUAACAUUUUAACUCAACUAAAGGAGCAGUUCCAUAAAUAAAUGAAAGAAACGGUUGUAUUUCUAGAUUAGAUUUUCACAGUUAAACCUCAGAAUUGUAAUAAACAUAUAAAAAUAUUCAACAAACAAUUAUUUUCAUUGAUUUGUCAGUUUAAUAUCAUCAAUUAAUGUUACAUAUUAUAUCAGCUGAAAUAAUGUUGACUUAGUUUGUGUGGAGUGGACGUUAAGCCCCAUCUCUCUCUCUCUCUCUCUCUCUCUCAUCUAUCAGCAUUUAUAAACCACAAUGAAAGCCUGCUUUAUGUAGAUUUAUUUGUUAGGGGGGUUAAACCCCAUUUCAUUUCAGAUUGAGAUCUAGUCCCUUUAAUGCUGGGUUCUUACUAUCACGAUUCACGCUACAAUUGAAAUCGUGGUUUUAAUCGUGGAGUAAUGGUGGUGAUCCUACCAGGUCUUCUCAUGUAUUGAGAUCACUUGUAGCAAUCGUGUCGAAACGUAUUCGAACAUAUCUGCACGUAACAGAUCGUGGAAUGAAUAGGAACAAUCCUAUGAUAAAGCAUGCAGGACAGUGGGAACUUAGCAUAACUGACUUAAGAUUUUUCUUGUUGAGCAACUUUCUAUUUAUGUAUAAAGAAUGUAAGUGAAAGUUUCUGUGUAAUUGUAAUUAGAAUUUACAAUGUUUGUAUAAUAGCUUGAGGUAUAUAUCUUUAUAAGGUGUAAAUGGUUAUGUUAAUAAAAUAUACUACUGUCUGUAGACCAGUCUGUUACUCCCA